AGCAGUUGGAAAAGGGAGGUAGGUACGGGUACUCGAGUACGAGUACAGGCAGGAGGGAAGCGCAGGCUCAAGCAUGGGAGACAAUGGUGCAUUCCACCAGUGUGAGCACUCGAGCGCUGUACGAGUACCGUACUCGAGCACAGCACAAGCAUGAUACCGGUACUCGUACUUUAUUUGCCACCGACUCCCCGACUCUUUGAGGUUGCGGACUUCGUAUCGUGCCCCAUCCCACCCCACCCACCCACCCCACAGUACUAGACGGACGCCACUGCUACUAUCAUACAUACUUCACUUCUGAAUCUCUGCUAUAUAUCGAAAAUACAGACACACACACACACAUUCGUAGACCAAAAAGCAUGGAUCCUCAGCAGCAGGAAACCCCAACAGCAGUCAGCGACAAUUCUCUACAAGAUGAACUCUCCACCCUCCGAAUUUUCCGUGCAACGCUCGAGUCUGUCAAACAGGUCGUCGACGGAAUCCAUCGCGAUACGGUGACUGCGAAGGAGAAUUGUAGUGCUGUCGUGGACUUGACGAAGCGUUGGGAGGGGGUUAUCCUGGACACAUCGUCUUCAGCUCUUGCCGUAGCUGAGGCAGCGCCGAGGGGGACAGCGGGUGUAUCAUCAUAGCGUGGCGAUAGGGACCGGGGGGAGAUGUGCCAGAUGUCUAAACCACUGUACUGUAGACUUUGCAUGUACAUUAUUCCGCACAUCAUCAAAUGUAGCGUGAACCCCCGUAACUAUCCCAAGCACAUAGUGCCGGUAGCCUUUUG